AUGGCUCCACCCUCUUACCAAGAUAUUCCCCUCGGAAACAUGUCGACAGGCCAGCCGGGGGUUGCACAGAGAGGAGGUGGGCGCGGGAUCGAGUUCUUCAAGCCGCGAAAUGGCUUCAAAGUCUACAACCGCGUUCUUCUUGGAGUCGCUGUCGUCUUCAUGGCUGCUAUGAUCGCCCUCGGGGUCGCCCUAGGCCAGGAGAAAGCACUAAAUGAUAAACUUGCACCCUUUUACAGCGGCACGACCCCUGUCCUCGGUAUCACUGGUAUGGACUUGUGGAAUAGCACAGAUUGUACCACCCCCAAUGGAAACUGCACUGCUCUCCUCUCUAUGACCCAAGUCAAUUCCUGCUUCCAGCUCGUCUGGGAUGUCUGCCACGCAAAGUACGACAACCACACCCAUCCGAUUCCAGCGAGGAACGCCUCUGUCUUCGCCAACAACCCCCAGUGCACCCAGGUGCUUUUCAUGAUGCACUGCCAAUGGGAAUCGACGGGUCCCCAAAAUGUCCCAUGCGCAGCCAUGAUGCCGUUCUGCGACGAUGAAUUCAUUCCUCAGCCGGAAUGA